AGAGUCCUUUUUUCUCCUAAAAUUUGGACUGCUGUCUGCACAAACUCUGGUCUGUUUUGCACGGUUUGUGUGCCUUUUUUCCCUUUAUGCAAUCUUUUUCAGCUUUAGCAGCAGAGAUUUGUCUAGUUGAGGAAACAAGCCAGAGGGUGGCUUCAGAAGGAAGAUGAUCCCCAUGUAUUCUAUCUCUGCAUCUGAGCUUUUGAAGAGAAGAUUCCAUCCCGAGGGAUUCUUAAAGCCUUAAGUUACUUGAAAUCUAUGUAUUUGCAGCCCUUUGUCUCUGGAAUCACAUUACACUAAACUGGAAUCUCAGGCUGAAUAAGAAGAACCAAGUUGAGUGAAAAGAAGAACACUCAGUGUCUUUAUCACCACUUGUUAACAAUGCUCUUUCUCCAAAGGGUCAGCCCCCUCUUCCCCUGAGGACCUGAAAAUAAAAAUGGACCCCACGUUGUUUUUAAGCAUUACCUUUUCUUAGCAGACUGCCGUCAUCUUUUAUAGAGGAAUUUUUUCACUAUGCAUUUGGUGGAUCUUUGUAAAAUACUGACCUUCUAAUUAGAACCGGGUCAGUCUUAAAAGGGGGUCAGGGAAAACAGUGCAAGCCAACCACAAAACUAACAUCGAUCUGUCAGUGAAAGCAAUUUUUCAGCAUCCAGCGUUACUUUUUAAGUAAAACGGUUCUUCAAAAAAAAGUAUGUAUGCAGCGGUGGAGCAUGGGCCUGUCCUGUGCAGUGACUCCAACAUCCUCUGCCUGUCCUGGAAGGGCCGCGUCCCCAAGAGUGAGAAGGAGAAGCCCGUGUGCAGAAGGCGCUACUACGAGGAGGGCUGGCUGGCCACGGGUAACGGGCGCGGCGUUGUUGGCGUGACCUUCACCUCCAGCCACUGCCGCCGGGACAGGAACACUCCGCAGAGAAUCAACUUCAACCUUCGGGGCCACAAUAGCGAGGUCGUGUUGGUGAGGUGGAAUGAGCCGUACCAGAAGCUGGCCACGUGCGAUGCGGACGGCGGGAUAUUCGUGUGGAUCCAGUACGAAGGGCGGUGGUCUGUGGAGCUGGUCAACGACCGAGGGGCCCAGGUGAGUGAUUUCACGUGGAGCCACGACGGGACUCAAGCACUUAUUUCAUAUCGAGAUGGGUUUGUCCUGGUUGGUUCUGUCAGUGGACAAAGACACUGGUCAUCUGAGAUCAACUUGGAAAGUCAGAUCACGUGUGGCAUAUGGACGCCUGAUGACCAACAGGUGCUGUUUGGCACGGCUGACGGGCAGGUGAUCGUCAUGGACUGCCACGGCAGGAUGCUGGCCCACGUCCUCCUGCACGAGUCAGACGGCAUCCUCAGCAUGUCUUGGAACUACCCCGCCUUCCUAGUGGAGGACAGCAGCGAGAGUGACACUGACUCCGAUGACUACUCCCCGCCCCAAGAUGGUCCGGCGGCGUAUCCCAUCCCAGUACAGAACAUCAAGCCGCUGCUCACCGUCAGCUUCACCUCAGGAGACAUCAGCUUGAUGAACAACUAUGACGACUUGUCUCCUACUGUCAUCCAGUCGGGGCUGAAAGAGGUGGUGGCCCAGUGGUGCACGCAGGGAGACCUCCUGGCAGUCGCUGGCAUGGAGCGCCCGACCCAGCUCGGUGACCUUCCCAAUGGCCCUCUUCUGAAGAGUGCCAUGGUCAAGUUCUACAAUGUUCGCGGGGAGCACAUCUUUACACUGGACACGCUUGUGCAACGCCCCAUCAUCUCCAUCUGCUGGGGACACCGGGACUCUCGGCUGCUGAUGGCGUCAGGACCGGCCCUGUACGUGGUACGUGUGGAGCACCGGGUGUCCAGCCUGCAGCUGCUGUGCCAGCAGGCCAUUGCCAGCGCCCUGCGAGAGGACAAGGACGUCAGCAAGCUGACCCUGCCCCCCCGCCUUUGCUCCUACCUCUCCACUGCCUUCAUCCCCACCAUCAAGCCCCCAAUUCCAGACCCCAGCAACAUGCGAGACUUCGUCAGCUACCCAUCGACCGGCAGCGAGCGUCUGCACUGCACCAUGAAGCGCACAGAGGACGACCCCGAGGUGGGCGGCCCCUGCUACACGCUCUACCUGGAGCACCUGGGCGGGCUCGUGCCCAUCCUUAAGGGGAGGCGCAUCAGCAAGUUGCGGCCCGAGUUCGUCAUCAUGGACCCACGGACAGAUGGCAGAUCAGAUGAAAUCUAUGGAAACAGCUUGAUUUCCACGAUGAUUGACAGCUGCAACUGCUCAGACUCCAGUGACAUUGAACUGAGUGAUGACUGGGCUGCCAAGAAGUCUCCCAAAAUCUCCCGAGCUAGCAAAUCACCCAAACUCCCAAGGAUCAACAUUGAGGCUCGGAAGUCCCCCAAGCUGUCGCGUGCGGCUCAGGAGAUAUCCCGGUCUCCUCGCCUGCCCAUGCGCAAGCCGUCCAUCGGCUCGCCCAGCCUGACGCGGAGGGAGUUUCCCUUUGAAGACAUCACUCAGCACAACUAUCUUGCUCAGGUCACGUCUAAUAUCUGGGGAACCAAAUUUAAGAUCGUGGGCUUGGCUGCUUUCCUGCCAACCAACCUCGGUGCAGUAAUCUAUAAAACCAGCCUCCUGCAUCUCCAGCCGCGGCAGAUGACCAUCUAUCUCCCGGAGGUUCGGAAGAUUUCCAUGGACUUUGUUAAUUUACCUGUCUUCAACCCAAAUGUGUUCAGUGAAGAUGAAGAUGAUUUACCAGUGACAGGAGCAUCUGGUGUGCCCGAGAACAACCCACCGUGCACCGUGAACAUCCCCAUCGCCCCCAUCCACAGCUCGGCUCAAGCGAUGUCCCCCACGCAGAGCAUCGGGCUGGUGCAGUCCCUGCUGGCCAACCAGAAUGUGCAGCUGGACGUCCUGACCAAUCAGACCACAGCCGUGGGCACAGCCGAGCACGCAAGCGACAGCACCGCCCAGUACCCAGUGGCCAGCCGCUACUCCAGCCCUGGCCAGGUGAUCUUCGGGGGCGUGGAGAUGAGCCGCGUCGUCCCCAACCCCCCUCAGCUGUCCCUGCCGCCGCCAGCACAGGGGGCCAUCCAGCUGUCCGUGCUGGACCACGGGGACCGAGACCACGAGCACCUGCAGAAGCCAGCCAAGGCCCUGCGGCCGGUGCCACAGUUGGCUACCGAGGGGGACGCGGUGGUGUUCAGCGCCCCCCAGGAGGUCCAGGUGGCCAAGAUGAACCCCCCACCCCCCUACCCGGGAACCAUCCCCGCGGCCCCCACCACCGCGGCGCCGCCGCCCCCGCCCCCGCCCCCGCCGCCCCCGCUGGACACGUGCUUGAAGAAGGGCGACUUCUCGCCCUACCCCGCGGCGGCGCACUACCAGCCGCCCCUGGGCUACGAGAGGAUCACCACCUUCGAUAGCAGCGGCAACGUGGAGGAGGUGUGCCGGCCCCGGACGCGCAUGCUCUGCUCCCAGAACACCUACGCGCUCCCGGGCCCGGGCAGCUCGGCCACGCUGAGGCUCACCGCCACCGAGAAGAAGGUCCCGCAGCCCUGCACCAGCGCCACCCUGAACCGCCUGACGGUCCCGCGCUACUCCAUCCCCCCGGGGGACCCGCCCCCGUACCCGGACUUCGCCGGCCCGCUGGGCGCCCCCGGCCGCGGCGCGGGGCAGAGACCCGACGGCGGCCUCAUCCACGCCACGCUGCGCAGGAACAACCGCGAGGCGGCGCUCAAGGCGGCGCCGCUGGCCGAGCCCCCGCGGCCGCCGCCGCACCCGCCCAGGCCCAAGGGCGCGGCGCAGUUCCCGGCGCGGCCCCCGCCCGCCCUGUACACCUGCAGCCAGUGCAGCGGCGCGGGGGCGGCGGGGAGGCCGGAGCCGGGCGCGGGGUCGCAACCGGGCGCCGGCCUGGCGCACGCGGCCGGCACUUCCCCGCUGACUUCCCAGUCGUCCUACAGCCUCCUGAGCGCGGGCGAUGGCGCCCGCGAGCGCGCCGACUACGUCAACUCGGCCUUCACAGAGGACGAGGCGCUGGCCCAGCACUGUCAGGCCGAGAAGCCGCUGAGGCACCCCCAGCUGAGCGAAGCCGCUGUGGCCGUGAAGCGGCCGCCCCCCUACCAGUGGGACCCCGUGCUGGGGGAGGAUGUUUGGGUUCCUCAGGAAAGGACAGCACAGACCGCGGUGCCCAACGCCCUGAAGCUGUCCCCUCUGAUGGUAGGUCAGAGCCAGCACCUGGAUGUGUCCCGAGUGCCCUUCGUCUCCCCCAAGCCUCCCGCCAGCCCUACUGCCACUUUCCAGACAGGCUAUGGCAUGGGAGUGCCCUAUCCGGGAGGCUAUAACACCUCCGCUUUGACGGGGGUGCAGGCUCCCUGCUCCCCGAAAGACGCUCUGGCCCCAGCGCAGUUUGCACAACAGGAGCCCGCGGUGGUUCUUCAAACGGCCUACCCGCCCAGCCUCUCCUACUGCCCCCUGCCCCCCAUGUAUCCGGGAAGCAGCGCCUGCUCGAGUUUACAACUGCCACCCAUCGCCUUGCACCCCUGGAAUUCCUACAGCGCGUGCCCGCCCGUGCAGAGCCCCCAGGGCGCUCUCCCCCCCAAGGCGCACUUGGUGGUGGAGAAGCCCCUCGUGUCCCCGCCGCCCACGGACCUCCAAACCCACCUGGGUACAGAGGUGAUGGUAGAGACUGCAGACAACUUCCAGGAAGUCCUCUCCCUGACGGAGAGUCCAGUGCCCCAGCGGACGGAGAAGUUCGGAAAGAAGAACCGGAAGCGGCUGGACAGCCGGGCCGAGGAGGGAAAUGUUCAGGCCGUCACUGAAGGCAAAGUGAAGAAGGAGGCCCGGACUCUGAGCGACUUUAAUUCCCUGAUCAGCAGCCCCCGCCUGGGGAGAGAGAAGAAGAAAGUGAAGAGUCAGAAAGACCCGCUCAAGUCGAAGAAGUUGAAUAAGACAAAUGAGUUCCAGGACAGUUCGGAGAGCGAGCCGGAGCUGUUCAUCAGCGGGGACGAGCUGAUGAACCAGAGCCAGGGCGGCAAGAAGGGCUGGAAGAGCAAGAGGAGCCUGAGGGCGGCCAGCGAGCUGGAGGAGUUCAAGUGCAGGAAAGCCAGCGAGAAGGAGGACGGGCGGCUGGGCAGCCAGGGCUUCGUGUACGUCAUGGCCAACAAGCAGCCUCUCUGGAACGAGGCCACCCAGGUGUACCAGCUGGACUUCGGGGGGCGGGUGACCCAGGAGUCGGCAAAGAACUUCCAGAUCGAGCUGGAGGGGCGGCAGGUAAGAAGCCAUGUGCUGGGGUGUGGCCAGAGUGCCACUUUCUGGUCCUGACAGGUCUCUGGACUCUGGCCU